UUUAGUCACGUGGGCAGGUUGUCCAGUCCAGGGUGGACAUAUUCAGCACUUGUUUUUUGUUUUUCUGUAAAAUACAUCACAUUUGAGGAAGGAUUAAUCCUCUACUCACCAACCAAAUGUUGAUUUAAUCUGGACCUAAAGAUGGCCGGGAAGCCGUUCCGCGCCACCUUUAUCUGGAGCAGCAUCAUUAACAACCUGCAGGCGCAGGUGGAGGUCAAGAGACGACGCCACAACUUGAAGUCCUACCCCAACUGCUUUCUGGGCUCCGAGGCUGUCGAUGUGGUGUUGGCUCACAUCAUCCAGAACAAGUUCUGCCGCGAUGAUGAGGUGCCACGUUUCAAAGCAGUGCGUCUCUGUCAGGCGCUCAUGGACUCGCGGGUGUUCGAAGCAGUGGACACCAAGGUGUUCGGGAAAGAGAAGAGGCACGCCAAGUUUGAGGACAGCAGCUGCAGUUUAUACAGGUUCCUGAAUGCGAGUGCUAGCAAGGAUACAAUUGAACACACGUAUGAAUCGACCUCCAUCAACAGGACUGCGCCACCAAAAAGUGAAGAGGAACAGGAGUAUUCAAACACCUCGCCAGUCAAAACAGAUAAAUCUCUGGAGGACGUUUUAGGGAACCUGAACUCAAACACAACCAUCACACCCCAGCUGAUAAAUCUGGGUCUGUCACAGGAGUUGGUGGAUGAGGUUUGGCAGCAACAGGCAACACUGAGAUUACUGCAGCUGAUCGAGUUGCCUUUACUGGAGAGUCUUCUAGAAGGAAAAGAGAGUCCCCGUCCCCCUCUGCACGGUAUGGACAGCGACCCAGAUCUUCUCUACACCAGCAACUAUGUGGACCGAGAAAUCCUCAAAGCCUUCAGUGAAGCUCAUGCCGAUGCCUGGCUCUCAGCAGCUGUCGACUGUCUGGAGUUUCUUCCUGACGAGUUGGUAGUCGAGGUGAGCCGAGGGCUCGCCAAGUGUCCAGAGGAGACAACUCAAUAUAAACGUCUCCUCUAUAGCAUUCUGAUCCAACAUUAUGGCCAGACGGACUACCCUCCACUGUUUAGCAACCACAUCUUCGACAUACACAGCGGCGUCUCUGAGCUAUUAGUUAAUGGGAAGCAGGAGCAGGCUCUGGAGGCCCUGCAGCUCUGUCUAAAGCUCCAGGACUCCCGAAGCAGAGAGGAGCUCCGCAGACUCCUCCGUUUCAUGGCUUUCGCCGCACAGCCAAAUGACCUCAAACUGCACAAAGAGAUAGAGAACAGAAUGGCGGUGAAGAGAGCCUUUUCCAGUGCUAUCGUGUACAGCGCCAGACUCGCCAAGGGAAAGGUGGAUCUUCUGGUGCUUUUCAUGAUAGACAAUCACUUGGAUCUUUUCAAGAUUCCUGUAUCGUUACACAAGCUUGUUAGUGAUAAACUAGCCAGCAUCAUCAGGGGCAAAGAUCCUGAUGCCGUUACAGGUCCGUCUUACUGUAGACGUCUUACGAGGACCACUUACAUGCAGACAGUAGAGAAAACCACUAAAGAGGAGCUUGUGACUUUACUCCGAACUAUUCAUGAGAACCCCAAGCUUUCUGUAAAAGAAAAGCGGCGACUGCUCGGACAGUUCUACAGAGGACAUCCUGAGAUAUUCGUGCAGUAUUUUGGCAACCAGAUAUCCAGUGCUUACCUGUAACACAUUGCUUUACUGAAACGCUGUUGCACAAGAUGUACAAAAUGAUAUGUAGAUUCUGUAAAAUGUCUUGUAAAUGUUGUAAAAACAAAAUGUAAAUAUUUAUUUACUUUUUAUGCAUGGACGCAUGGGUUAACAAAAGGUCAAAGUAUGACAUCAUGCACGUUUUAAUGCCCGUAUUAUAAAUAUGAAUUAUAUUUAUCAGGCUAUUUUCAGACCUGUAACAUAAAUGGUUUUGUUCUGUUGUGACUGUUGUCAAAUUGCGUGACCCUUUGUAAAUGUUUUUUGUUGAUUCCUAAACAUUUUCACUGAAAUAGAGCUCUUUUAAAAUUUA